UAUAAACUCCACAGAUCUCCCCAUUCUGUGAGAUGCAGAGAUAAUAAACAACAACCACUGAGACCAAAACCAUUAACCAUUACAAAUCCGAAACUGUCACACCGUUUCCUUUGUCUUCUUCUUCUUCUUCUUCUCUCUGCUUAAAAAUCUUUCAAUCUUUAUCUUCCUUUUUCUUGUUUCUCUAAAUCUUGAAAAAAUCAAGAAAAUUACACAACCCAAGGUUUCUUUAUUUUUUUUAAUAUACGACUAUGGGUACUGGUUGGCGAAGAGCAUUUUGCACCACCGCUCCUAGAAACAGCGACGUAGCACCGCCGGAUCUUGACAAGAACCAUGCCGGGUAUAAUCUCAGCCCUAGUCCUAGCCCAAGAAGUUGCGUUAAGCUAGCGUUUCUCUCCGGUGGAAGUAACCCUUCAACUCCCCGACCGAGUUCUAGUCCUGGCUUACGUUGUCGGACGAACGAUGCCGAGACUCCCACGGCGGAACAUAUUCCGACUCCAAGAUCGGCUACGAAGAGUCCGAGACUGUCUUUGGCCGGUAGCUCUAACCCUUCUUCGCCUCGGUCGCCGUUAAAGCUUUCUCUGUUCCGGAACAGCUUCAAAUUCAGAAGUAGUUGUGGGAUAUGUUUGAACAGCGUGAAAACAGGGCAAGGUACGGCGAAAUAUACGGCGGAGUGUUCACACGCAUUUCAUUUCCCUUGUAUUGCCGACUACGUACGUAAACACGGCAAGCUUGUUUGUCCUGUUUGUAGUUCUGUCUGGAAAGAUGCUUCUCUCCUUGCUCCUCAUCGGAAUACUACUGAGUCUCCCUCUCCCGUCGACGACUCUGUUCCUGUAAUCCAAGAGAAGCGUGUUGUUGUUGCGUCUUCUCCUAGAGCUAAACCGAGGCUAAAGCAAAGUGAAUAUUCAAGAUUUUACGACGAUGAUGAGCCUUUGCUUUCGCCGAGGUUUGUUACUAUACCUGAAGCUGAUGAGAAUUGUGGAGGAGAAGAGGACGAUGACGUGGCUCAGUUCAAGGGAUUUGUGGUCAAUCCAAACCCUUCUUUCGCCGUCAAAACUCAUGAGAUUCCACCUAGUGGUCGAGACUUUGGAAACGUGCAGGUGAGUUUGUUGCCAGAAGCUGCCGUUGUCUCUGUUGGGUGUGGUUACGAGACUCGUGCAGUGGCUCUUACGGUGAAGGCGCCACCACCUUUAGCUGCUAGAGGAGGGGUAGGUCGUAGGCUAUUAGAUCCGUCUCAACGUGCGCCGGUGGAUCUUGUGGUUGUAGUUGACGUAGGUGGAACAAUGAACGGUGCAAAACUUCAUAUGGUCAAACGAGCAAUGAGGCUUGUGAUAUCAUCCCUCGGCUCUGCUGAUCGUCUCUCAAUCGUUUCCGUCGUCACGACUGCUCCCAAGAGACUCCUCCCGCUGAAGAGAAUGACGGAGAACGGGAAACGCUCCGCCGGAGCCGUGGUUGACGGGUUGCUUUGUGGUCAAGUUUCUAAUACAAGCGAUGCAUUGAAAAAAGCGUCGAGAGUUCUUGAAGAUCGUAGGGAGAGAAACCCAGUAGCGAGCAUCGUACUUUUAUCGGACGGUCAGGGUCAGUCGAGUAAAGUCCACACAAAUCAACGGUCAACAGUUACCCAUGUGGGAUCAACACGUUUUGCCCACAUAGAAAUCCCUGUUACUGAGCAUGGCUUCGGAGAGAGUGGUGGGUGUAGCAAUGCCCCAGCAGAAGAAGCCUUUGGAAAAUGCAUAGGAGGAUUACUUAGCGUAGUGGUUCAAGAUCUCAGGAUCCAAAUCCGAGUUGGAUCAGGAUCUGGACCAUGUGAGAUCUCAGCCGUUUAUCUAUGUAACGGACGGCCUACGUUGGUGAGUUCUGGUUCCGGGUCAGUCCGGCUUGGGGACCUCUACGCAGGCGAGGAAAGAGAGCUUCUAGUGGAGCUUAGGGUGCCGUCAACAGCCACUAGGGCGAACCAAGUUUUGUCAGUUAGAGGUCUUUAUAAAGACCCAUCGACACAAGAAGUUGUGUAUGGACGGGACCAAUCUCUACGAGUUCCCCAAGCCGUUAGAUCAACAUCAUCAUCUCCUAGAAUCGAACGGCUAAGAAGCCUCUUCAUCGCAACACGGGCUGUAGCAGAGUCAAGGAGGCUAGUGGAGUACGGGGAAUGCACAAGCGCACACCACUUGCUUACGUCGGCGCGUGCGUUACUAGGCCAGUCAGGAACGGCGGAGGCGGCGGAGUACGUAAAAGUCGUGGAGGCAGAGCUUGUAGAAGUACAAUGGAGAGGACAACAACUAAUGGAGUACCAAAACCAGCACCAGCAGCAACAUAUCCAACGGCGGAGAGGGAGCGAGAGAGAGACGAAUACGAUGAUGAUGCUGAUGGAUGAGAAUGGUGAGCCGUUGACUCCAGCAUCAGCGUGGAGAGCGGCUGAGAAAUUGGCUAAGUUGGCUAUGAUGAAGAAGAGCGACUUGCACGGCUUCGAAAACGCUAGGUUUUAAUAAUACGUUAUAUUAACUUUUGUUUUACGAAUAAAUAAAAUUUUUAGUAUUCUGAGAAUACAGAGGAAAAUGUGAAUUAAGUCAGAGAGACUCAGAGUUACAUAAUAGCAGGCGGCACAUUACUUUUAAUUUAUUAUUACACGUAAAGAUCAUUUAAGAA